AUGGCUAAGUGCGCAAUUCUGGAGACUGACCACGGCUCGGACCAUGGCGCCAUUGAGACUGUGUUUGAUGCCCCGUGGCCGAGCCCAAAGUAUCAGGAACGGCUUCUACUUAAGAACGCGCCAUGGAAAGAGAUUGAUGCUAGAAUCGCGAGCACCCUCGCUGCCACUCCACCGGAAGGCAUAGUGUAG